UCCCAGUGAUGUCCAAAUUUAGUGAUGAUGUCCCUCCAGUUCUAGGUUAUGUCACGUCUGACUGCAGAGAUGAAGCUCUCCAAGCUUCAGUCUGUUCUGUAGCUGACUUGAGUGUCGGUGUCCCUCAGUCUCCACUCCACAAAACAUUCGACUGUAGAGACAAUGUCCCCCAAGCUACAACCUGUGCAACACCUGACUGUAGUGUUUAUGCUCCCCAAACUCCGUCAAGCCAGUUACAGGAUGAUGAGACAACAAUUAUUGACAUCAAUUCACACCGUUAUGAAAUCGGCUGUCAGUUGGGUAAAGGAGGCUUUGGAAUCGUGUACGCAGCAACUCGUUUGAAUGAUGGCCUACAGGUGGCAAUAAAAUUGGCAUCCAACAAGAUCACAAAGUUCAUCAGCAUUGAUGGUUAUUCUGGACGUCUUCCUCUGGAGGUUGCUUUGCAAAUUCUUGCAAAUAAAGGCCCCAGGGUGGAGGAAAUCGUUCAGCUUCUGGACUGGCGGCUGGAUCCUGACUAUUACUUUAUGGUCCUAGAGCGGCCCGUGCCCUGUCAGUCCUUGUUUCAGUAUUUAAAGUGCUACAAGGGCAUCAUGGACGAGGACUUUGCUCGAGUUAUAAUGAACCAGGCAAUAUUUGCGGCUCGGAUGUGCUGCCUUCGUGGAGUGUUGCACCGGGACAUAAAGCUGGAAAACCUUCUGAUCAACCCGGACACACUCGAAGUCAAAUUGAUUGACUUUGGCUGUGGUGCAAUCCUCACCGACGGGGGUUACACGUCCUUUACUGGCACAAGAGAGUACUGCCCUCCUGAGUAUCACAUGACCGGCCAGUACCACGGGGAACCAGCGACAGUGUGGUCACUCGGGAUCCUCUUGUUUGUGAUUCUUUUCAGUAAAUAUCCAAAGAGACGACACCUGCACGAGAUUAACGAUAAAAACUGGACUAAAGCUGGCCUGUCGAAAGAAUGCUGCGAUUUAAUUCGCCGGUGUCUACAGAUCGACCCAAAGCAGCGGAUUGAACUGGGGAAACUCAGUCUCCACAACUGGCUUAUGACUGCAGACAAGGAGAAUAACAACGACACAAUAAUGGGUCAGUUUGACAUCAAUUCAUGCCGUUAUGAAAUCGUCUGUCAGCUGGGUGAUGGAGGCUUCGGAACCGUUUAUGCAGCGACUCGUUUGGACGACGGCCUACAGGUGGCGAUAAAAGUCGUCUCCAGCAGGAACAGAAAGUUCAUCAGUAUUGACGGUUGUUCCAAGCCUCUUCCUCUGGAGGUUGCUUUGCAAAUCCUUGCAGACGGAGACCCCAGGGUCGAGGAAAUCAUCCAGCUUCUGGACUGGCGGGUGGAGUCUGACCACUACAUUUUGGUGCUAGAGCGUCCCGUUCCCUUUGAGGAACUGAACUGGUUUCUCCUGCAGCAAAUGGGUACCAUUCAAGAGGACAUGGCACGAGUUAUAAUGCGCCAGGCAACAUUCGCAGCUCAAACAUGCUGCAGACGUGGAGUGUUUCAUCAGGACAUAAAGCUGGAAAAGCUUCUGAUCAACCCGGACACACUCAAAGUCAAGUUAACUGACUUUGGGUGUGGUGACUUCCUCAGCUGUGUGGGUUACACGUCCUUUGUUGGCACAAGAGAGUACUGCCCUCCUGAGUAUCACAUGACCGGCCAGUACCACGGGGAACCAGCGACAGUGUGGUCACUCGGGAUCCUCUUGUUUCUUAUGCUGUGUGGGGAUUUUCCAAAUACACCAGACCUGCACAUGAUCGACGGUCACAACUGGACCAAAGAUGGCUUGUCGGAAGAAUGCAGCGAUUUUAUUUGCUGCUGUCUGCAAAUCAAUCCAAAAGAGCGGAUUGAACUGGAGAAACUUAGUCUCCACGACUGGUUUAUGGAUUGCUGAAAUGAGGGGAGCAAAAGAAAAUAGUAAUUCUGUCAAUUAUCGCCAGGA